UUCAAAGAAUAUGAAUUGACAAUGUUCAAACGAUAUAUCGACGCAUUCACUCUCAGCUGUGCCCGGACAUGUACUUGUUGACGUGAAUGCGGUUAAACAUCCAAUAUCAGAUACGGAUGCAUCACGGUUGUGGAACAUUCGUCGCAUCGUACAUCCAUCACAUCGCCAACAUUCCUCAUCUAUAAUGUUUCAUUUCCUUCGCACAUCUGCAGGGCCUCCAGUCCAGGCUCCAGUCGAGGCUCCAUCGGCUCCACAGGCCAUGAUCCAGACCACUUCAUCGUCGCCGACGACGACCACGUCCAUCUUCCUGCCGUCCGAGGAGGGUACACACGCGGCUGGGCCAGGUGACUCCGGUGCAGGUCCAUUGGAUGUUUCUGCCGAGGCGGAAUUGCUGCGACUGGAGGAACUGCACCGUCAGCUACUGGAAGAACAAAGGGAACUAAAGAAGGAAAGCCGGCGACUGAAAUACUUAUCAAAAACUGGGAAAAAGUUAAUGGUUGACGCUUCCACCAACACCCCUUAGAUCUGCGGAGGCAUGUAACUUUGACUGAGGUAGCGACACAGGUGUGGACACAGUCACGGGAUACGUAUCAUGACUCCACCGGGAUAUAACAGCGUCUUAAUCCACUAUCAUCCGUACCCAAAUCUCACAAUUCUUUUGUAAAUACUAAUGAAUUGUAUAUGUUGUCCAGAACGUGAUUUGGUGGUUAUGAUUUGACAUGUAGAAAACGUUUACACCAACCAAGAUUUAAUUACAUUUAUAUCAAAGCUAGUGAAACCUAGCUUUGAGAUGUGUUGUGUGGAAGGUAUUCAUGCCAAAUCAUAUGUAUAUGUUGCUUUCAUAUAUAUAAUAUCUAAUGUGCCAAAACACAUUACAGAGCGUGGAUUAAAGAGUUAAGGGA